AUGACCAAUGUCCUUGCUGGCGGCUUCGCAACGCGCAGCGCGCAGCCCGAGUCUCUUGUCCAGAUGCCUCCGUACCCACCUGCGACUACCCCGACUCGGUCAUCCAACAGCUCCGUGCAUUCACACCUAACGCGGCCCUCCCCGGCGCCACCGUCAAAGAUACAUUGUGCCGCGGAUCCUGCCACUGUUCUCUCGAAGGACGCGAACGCCCCUCUGCGCGUGCCACUGGGCAAGGAUGUGUUCGUGAGCUUUCAAGCCCAGGGCCAGUUGCUGCUUGAUGACACAGCGCGCAAUGAGGCGCUUUCAAAGGCUCCGCUUGUUGAGGGGACGUAG